AUGCACUUAGCUGCUCAGGCUGGAGUUCGGUACGCCAUGGUUAAUCCCGGCUCUUACAUACACAGCAAUAUAGCUGGAUUUGUUAACUUACUCGAGGUUUGCAAGAGCGUUAAUCCUCAGCCGGCUAUUGUUUGGGCCUCGAGUAGCUCGGUGUACGGAUUAAACAAGAAUGUACCUUUUUCCGAAAGGGAUAGAACAGAUCAGCCGGCUAGCCUUUACGCCGCCACUAAAAAGGCCGGCGAGGAAAUUGCUCACACUUAUAAUCACAUAUACGGGCUUUCGUUAACCGGGCUUAGGUUCUUCACGGUUUACGGGCCUUGGGGAAGGCCCGACAUGGCGUAUUUCUUCUUCACCAAGGAUAUAUUGAAAGGGAAAUCGAUACCGAUAUUUGAAGCUGCUAAUCACGGUACUGUUGCUCGGGACUUUACGUACAUUGAUGAUAUUGUUAAGGGCUGUUUGGGUGCUCUAGAUACAGCUGAAAAAAGUACGGGAAGUGGAGGGAAAAAGCAAGGCCCGGCCCAGUUGAGAGUUUAUAAUCUAGGGAAUACUUCACCUGUGCCGGUUUUGGAUUUAGUGAGUAUUUUGGAGAGAUUGCUUAAGGUGAAAGCAAAAAGGACGGUUAUGAAGCUGCCGAGGAAUGGUGAUGUUCAGUUUACGCAUGCGAAUAUUAGUUUGGCUCAAAGGGAGCUCGGUUAUAAGCCAACGACCGAUUUGCAGACAGGGCUGAAGAAAUUCGUGCGGUGGUACCUCAGUUACUAUGAUGGGAAAAAGAGUGAGCAGUGA